GUCCUACUACUUCGAUCCAUUCCAUCGCUUUCUAGUGCUCUGAAAGCUAAAGACCACUUCGAACUACAUUCAACAUGAGAUCUUCAAUACUCAUUGCUGCGCUUUCCACCCUGGCCACCCGAACCAUCGCUGCAAACAUCGUCCUCGGCCAUGCGCCCAGUUCAAUCGACCAUUUCACACCUUUCCAAGUGGCCUGGAUCUCCGGCGAAGACCCCUGCUCAGAAGCGGUUCAUAUCGCGCCCAAUGAUGACAACCCGUGCGGGAUAAGAUUCAGUCUCCACCAAUUCCACGACCUACAUUUUGAGGGAUGCGGUGGGCCUCUGGAGAUCUGGCAGUCUGACACUCUUAUAGGUGGCUGCAUUGAUGCACCGAAGGAGAUUGGUUGCGGCAUCUUCACUAAUUCCAAAUACUUGGGAGAGUUUUUGUGCGCCUUUAAAUGAUGCUAAAAGCCUGGAUUUUGGGGCGCUGAGCGGCGGUACUUGUUGGUUCUAUUGUCACGUUUAGGGUAUACACAGGGAUAGGCGAGGUGAUAGGAUACUAUCCCGAGCUAGAAGGAAGGUUAUGCGUGGGUCGCCAGCAGCUGGAGAUGAUCUUGUAGGAGUGGAGAGUUGACGAGAAGCACUCUUCCCGUGUCGUCUAUCCUGGAAACUGUCUACUUCUACAACUCUUACUGAAGAGCCCGCCUGCAACCGUUCGUCCUUGUCGUUGUCCGAAACAUA